AUGCAUUAUUCUGUGGACCCCUUUAUGAGUAUUCUGGUUCCAUCCCAUGAUGCAUUACUCUCUGUAAUCCUUCCUGACACAGUAACUUCCUUUUGUUGGACUGCUAAAUAUGAUGUGCAUGUCAUUAAUCAAUUGCCACCGGGAUCUAAACUGACGUUGCAUUGUGCAUCUAAAGAUAAUGAUCUUGGGCAUCAUACUCUUGCUAAUAACCAAGAAUUUCAGUGGCAUUUUUGUGAUCAUUGGCUUGGACAUACAUUGUUUUUCUGCACUUUUGGUUGGGGUUCAAAGAAGCAAAGUUUUGAUGUUUUUACUUCAAAAUUUGGAAAUGACUUGUGUUUCGGUGGUGUUUGCUUUUGGCUGGCUAGGAGUGAUGGCUUCUAUUUUCAUGGUUUUAAAAGAAGUACUUCCAAGUUAUAUGAGUGGAAAUAA